AUGGUCAGAGUCGGCUGCGGCGUGCUGGCAGCAGCACUUUACCUGGCGGCUGGUGAGUUCCGCGACGCGGGCCCAUUGAACAGUACUUUGACUGUGACCAAAAAGGUGAACUGCGCGUUUGACAUCUAUGGAGUCCUCUUGUCGGCGGGAAAGACUGGAAGCGCCUUCUAUUCCACGCAGAAGAAAUGCCACAAACAGGACAGUGAGGACGAGAAGCGCAGUUGCGCUUCGGCCGUGCAGGGGCUGGUGGCCUCUUUGGGCUUCCUCGCAUCGUUUACGAGCGGGGCAGCCCACGAUUGCGCUGCAAGCCUUAAUGUACCUGCACUUUGCACAGGGGCGUCUUCCACCUUUGUGUCUGUACUUGCCAUUCUGGGCUCGGCUUUCUCAAGCUUCAAAGCCGCUUGUACCGACGCUGGUGACAAGGAUGCCGUUCCUUUCCGGCGUUUGCACGGGCAUCAUGAUACUUGGUCUGCUGCCAGUUCAACCAGUUCGAAUAGUUCGAGCGCCCCUCACGUGUCAAAGCUGCCACCUUCACCGCUACUCCCGCUACGCGUUCUGGACACUAACUUGGAGAAGAGAAUACGGGAUCACCUCGCUGACAAGCGAAAACGCGAAUCUGAGAUUACAUCCUGCGUGCUGGAUGUCGGCUUGAUUUCUCUCUUUACGGGGAAGGGCCUCAUGAAUAUCGCGAAGGCUGCUCAGCACAGUCCUUGUGUAGAUAGGUUUGACUCACAUCCAGGCGAAGCCGAAACAGCAUGCGUUGUCCAAGUAUCUGGCAUCAUCGCGACCUUCGAGUUAGUUGGGAGCUUGCUCGCUGGUGUGUCUGCCCUGUGUCCAAUUGAGAAGGACAAACCGGAGAAGGCUUCAUGUGCUUCAGACUCCUUGGUUGUCAUGGCUAGCGUCGGGGCCGUUGUCCAGCAGGGCACCGCCAUGAGCCUGGAGUGCGGGGAAGAGGACGAAGAGCACGAAGACCACAUCAACGCAGACUUGGAAGGUGACAUCAUCCCCUGA